GAGUGGGCAGCCACUUUGGUGCACUCUGGUGGUUCUUGUAACAGUGUCACUCUUUCCUUGAUCUCCAAGCAGUCAAACUGAGACAUCGUGGCUUAAACAGGAUCCAGUAAGAAGAAUAGUCCUAGUGGACAUUUUGAAAUGGACAUAGUUGGUGUUUUUUUUUUAAAGGCCAAAACUUUUUUUUCACUUGAUGUUUAGACUUUUUUCUUGGAUUCAUGAAGGUCCUGUAACUAAUAUUGUUCCAGCUCUGUGAGCUGUUUGGAUUAACCUACCUGGAAAGCAUUUUGUUGAAUACAAGAGCAUCCUCAAACGUUCACAUCUUAGAAGGAUGAAGACCCACUAUUCCUUUCUGAGUGCUGCACAGCAAGAAUCCUAAGGUGCGAAAUGUGAGCUUCAACUUCAAAGAGAAGAAAACAGAAGAAAAGAAAUUUGCUAUGGAAAACAUUAUCAGCUCUUAAUCUUGAGCAGAUUCUUGUGUAGAUGCUUGUGAAGAUUUUUUGCUUGUGAUCAUUUUGAUGUUGGAACCAAACAGCCUUUUAACUUGUUGUGACUGAGUUGACCCAGUGAAAGAUAAAUUCCAUAAACAUGUCAACUAGUAAUCCCUACCAUGACCCUGUGGGACCCUGGAUCCUUGUCGUGGUGGUCAUCAUCAUACUGGUCACAGUAGUGGGAAACCUGCUGGUUAUCCUCGCUGUGGCGCGCACUCCACAGCUGCAAACUUCAACAAACAUUUUCAUUAUGUCCCUAGCAUGUGCAGACUUCAUCAUGGGGGUCCUUGUUGUGCCUUUGGGGGCCAGUUAUGUGGUCACAGGUAACUGGCUACUUGGUUUAACUUUGUGUGACCUCUGGACUUCUGUUGACGUCCUGUGUGUGACAGCGAGCAUUGAAACGCUUUGUGUCAUAGCAGUAGAUCGGUAUAUAGCCAUUACAAAGCCUCUGCGGCACAAAGUUUUGCUCAGUAAAUGUCGUGCAAGAGUAAUAGUUUGUUUAGUGUGGGUUGUGUCUGCCUUAAUUUCCUUUGUACCAAUUAUGAAAGGGGAUUGGCAUUCCAAGGAGGAUGAGAAAGCACAAGAUUGCUAUAAAAACACGACAUGCUGCGACUUUAUCACAAACAUUCCCUUUGCAAUUUCAUCCUCUGUAGUGUCCUUUUACAUUCCUCUGAUCAUAAUGAUAUUUGUGUAUGCAAAAGUCUUUGAAAUAGCAACACGCCAGGUCCAGCUCAUAGAUAAGAGUCGGAUGCGUUUCCAAAAUGAAUGUCCAUUAGCACAGACACAAAAUAACCCCACUAUCAGCAAUAUCCAGCCAUCAGCAUGUGCGAGCUCCAGCAGUGGCAACAAUGCAGUUCGGAGAAAGAGUGCCAAGAGGAGGCCAUCGAGACUAAUGCUUGUCAAGGAGCACAAGGCCCUUAAGACUUUGGGUAUCAUCAUGGGGACCUUCACUAUGUGCUGGCUGCCAUUUUUUAUUGCCAACAUCCUCAACGCUUUGGAUAGAGAACUAGUAAACCAAGAAUUGUUUCGGCUGUUAAACUGGCUUGGCUACAUCAACUCUGGCCUCAAUCCCAUCAUCUACUGCAGGAGUCCAGAGUUUCGCACAGCCUUCAAGAACCUUUUGGGUUGCCCAUGGUUGUCCAUCCUGUGGCUAAAUGAUUUCUAUAAAGAACUGCGGACUCGUUGCUCCUGCUUUCUAUGGCAAGCUGAGACAAGCACAUCCAGCACUUUCCAAAAGUCUUCAGCUGAUAGAAAUGAGGGCAAUGGCAGCCUGGGCAGCAGAAGUGAGGAGACUUCCCUUGGUCCUUCGCAGUCCAAUGGCAGCACACAAUUCAGUGACUAUUCAGAGCCAGAAACCAAAGAUUUUACGUUGCAGGAAAAGGAUGGGUGAACUGUAAAAUGUCAAGCUACUGAAGCAAACUGUUACUGUGAUUCCUGCAAAGUCUGAGACCAAACACCAGUGAAGACGAGCUAAAGAAGAGUACAACUGCAACAGAAAAAGGCUAGACCUGAACAGAUGACUGGACUCACUAGAAUCAGCUGAUUUGGUCUGGACAGGAAUGCUGUGACUACAUUUUUUCACCCCCCCCCCCCCCCCCUUGAACUGCUGUGGCUCAGUGCUUUGCAGACCUUUGAUGGCACCAGAUGAACUUCCCAGUGUCAUUUACAUAUUGUUUAUAAAAGACUUUAUGUUGGUUAAUACAACAAUGCAUUCCAGUACCUUUGGACACAGUGUAGAAUGUGUGACCGGUGGUUUCAAAACAGUGAGCAUAAACUAACUAUGUACAGUACAUUGUCAAGUAAAUUAUCUAUUUAUGAUACACUGAAUCUGUAGCAAAAUACAAAUGUUGACUAUAAGUUCUGUAUUAAGCUGUCUUCACUGUAGAAACAUUUUCAUCACACGAAUCUUUCAGUGUAAUAUCGUCCAAACUAUCAAGCUGUGCAUUAAAAUACUCAACCUUAGUGUCUGUUGUCAAAGACACUAAGGUUAAUGUGUUAAUGUUUUUGUUUUGAGCCUUGGCUCGAUGUUCGCACAAUGUUUCUUAAAUUCCUUUGUCUAUGUUAAAUUAUACUAUAGCGAUAAAAAUGGCUGUGAAAACUUUGUCAGGACAACUUAAAUAUAAUUAUAGUCAACAGUCCAUUGAGACAUGUUAUUGUACAAGGUACAGUAUUAUAAACUGCAGGUAUAGAUAACAAAUAAGAAAGCUAUAUGCUAUUUUGCUAACAAAAUCUACUUUUUUUUAAUUAUUUUGUCUUUGGUAAGCUGCAUUGUAAGCUUUAACACAGUACAAAUAAAGAAUAAUGAUGGGCUUGA